AGAAACAAGCUAUGAGAAAUUAAAAGAAGAGAGUGCAAGCAAAAAAAUUAUUUUGAAUGAAAGAGCAGAGCUCGAACUAGUUUUCUAUUUUUGAACGUUGUUUACUCAAUGUCACGACGUGAGUCUAAACCUGGCUAGCUAGAGACAGUAUUAACAUGAAAACUACGGGAGGUUUCUUCGGUUUAAGUGGACCUUUCGCUGCGUUAUCUGGAGUGGCGGCAGCUUCUGCUAGUGUUUUCGGUAAACUGUUCUCCUCGGCCGGCUCGCCAUGGCUCGGCGCGGUGCUGAUCGCCUGCAUGGUGGUGUCCAACGGCUUGGUCUGGACUCUGUUCGUCCGCGCGCUGAGGAGUUCGCAGUCUUCCCUCACCGUGACGGUCACCAGUGCCGCAGUCAAUUACUGCUGCUCGGCUUUGUUCGGUUGGCUCCUGUUCUCCGAACGCACCAGCGCGCUGUGGUGGCUGGGCUCCGGCCUCGUCGUCGCCGGCCUUCUGCUCAUGAACAGCGGCACCCCCAACCCCGACGCCCUGCCCGACGACAAACAAGACUGAACUUCCCCGACAACGCAUUUAGCUUCCACGUAUUUUCGUAAUUGUUUGACCCCUAACAUUCCCAUAUGUAAAUAAAGUUAUUUUUUUGC